AUGGUUGAAGAUGGUGACAGAGUUUGUUGGAAGAAGAAAUCAAUAUUCUUUGAUCUCGAGUAUUGGAAAUACCUUCCUGUGAGGCAUGUCCUAGAUGUUAUGCACAUUGAGAAGAAUGUUUGCGAUAGUAUCAUUGGUACAGUGCUGGAGAUCCCUGGAAAAAAUAAAGAUGGGAUUGCGGCUCGAUUAGAUUUAUUGAACAUGGGGUUCAAAAAUGAUUUGCAAACCCGAGUAUGGAGAAAGACUACUCGUUUGCCUCCCGGGCCUUGGAAUUUGUCAAGAGCAGAGAAGAGAGAGGUUUGCAAUUCUUUCUAUGAUUCAAGACUUCUUGGCCUUAAAUCACAUGAUUGUGUCAUACCUUUAAUGCAACAAUGCUCCUGUGGCAAUUCGUUCUGUUUUGGAGAAGCCUGCAAGACUGUUGAUGUUUCCAAGCUAGAUAAGUUGGAAGAAGAGUGUAGUAGUUACUUUGUGUUUGCUUGA